AUGGUCUCCUUCGGCGUGCUUGGGACGUCGACGGCUGUUGUUCUGGCAGCACUGCUAUUCUCGAGGUCGAGGUUCAAUCCUACUCCCUAUCCUGACAGGCUCGCCGUCAUAAAAGAAGAAGAUACUCGUAUCGACAACCAUCUAUAUGAUGAUGUUUCUUGGUGGGAUGAGGAAGAGAUCGUCUACACUCUGAGAAAGACCAACGUCAUUCGCUGUCCUUUUUUCCAUCGUCACCUCUCCAAAGGCGGGAAGAUCCCUUCUAAAGGAAGAUACUUGGACGUGGGUUGUGGUGGCGGCCUCUUGACUGAAGACAUGGCAUCAACUUACGGCUAUAAUAUCACCGGUAUAGAUAUCAGUGAGGCAUCCCUACAGCAAGCACGAGAGCAUGGACGCCAUAUUCCAAAUCUGCACUAUCAAGUUGGAUCGGCAUACGAUAUACCAUUUCCUGAUAACUCCUUCGAUGGUGUUAUCAUAUCCGAAGUGCUGGACCACUUAAUGGAUCUGCGGAAGGCUAUUCAGGAGAUCUAUCGUGUCCUCAAGCCAGGCGGGGUUGUCGUAUUCGACACUAUAUCGAGGAACUUCAAGAGCUACCUUCUAGUGUGGUUGAUUGCUCAGGAGAUCCUCCAGGUCAUGUACAACGAUACCCAUGACUGGAGACUCUUCAUCACUCCCGAGGAGAUGGAGCGCCUGCUGAGUGAGACUGGAUUCGUCGUAGGUGAGUGUGCAUUUGGUGUCUGCGCUGGUUUCACAAGGCUUGGUUCGCCGAAGGAAGAGUGGAUUGGGAUGGACUAUGAAGACAUCCCUUUCAGGAUUGCUCGCUAUAUCCUCGGUGGUAUGAAGCACAAACAUCAAGUCUUUGAGGGUAACCCUGUGGAACUGCCGGGAGAUCUGAGUAUGAUCUAUGGCGGAGUAGCCAGGAAACCUCAAGAUAGCCACUAG